AUGGGUUUGGGGAAUCAGUUGGAGGCUCCCAAACAAGAGGGUUUUCAGUACAUCUGUAGACGAGAGUCCAGUGCCAGAACCUCCUCCUUUACCACAUCCACCUGCCUGGACAAGAGAGAAGACCAUAGCAAGCUGUAUGUCGCAGGUCGAAGUUUGGCUUUGGGCCUUUGGUGUGAGCCGUCGGUCCGGAGCUCCAGCUCUCCGCCAUCUGAGCAUUUACUCUCUUUUACUGAGGAAGAGGAGGUGUAUGAAGCAGAGGGCAGCAUUGAGGAGUUUCUGGCUUAUGAUCGAAAAGAAAUGGAAGAAGAGGAGGGGGAUCAGAGGAAGUCCUCAUCCGUGGCCCUGAGAAGUGGAGUUCCUCCAGUGUCUCCUCAUGCCUGCAUUCGUGACGCAGUGGCAGACGAGCUGUUUGAUGACGUGUGGAGGGUAGUGCUGGGUCUGCUGGAAGAGCUCGUACACAAGUACUGGGAAAAACAACUGCCCGAUGGAGCAACACAGAGGAGAGAGUUAGAAAGCUCCAGUCAAGCACCUUCAUCUCAGCUGCCUGUUAAAGCACAUCAGCUACUGUUGUCCAGAGGAUCCAGCAGCAGAACCACAUUCCUGUCAACAUGCAGCAAUAAUGUACAGGACUCAAGUGCCUACAAGAUUAAUUUAAAUGGUGUUAUGACAAUCCAAGCAAAGCCACUGCAGCAGAGACAUCAGGGAUUUGGUGAAAGAGCCCUGUAUGAACCAGAAGAUGGGGCAAGUGUGUUGAUGUGUAUGAAGACCCAGGCUCUCAGAGCGUCUGGUUUACUUAUGCAGAAACCCGCAGUCCAGCGCAAACUCCCCAGACUCAGCGGCAGGGUUCGCAUGUAUCAUAACAUCACUGGAAACGGGAGUCAACUCCUACGAGGAACUAGACUGUCCACUGUGAAUGAAAGCCUGCCCCCUCCACCAGUAAGUGCUGUUCAGAGCCACAGGCUUCCUCAGAUACACUCCGAGUCUCAAGAGCAAGAAUACUACGCACCUAUUUCUAGACUUGUGCAGCUCAGGGGGAGGAUCCAAAGAGGCGGAGCUACUAGUGCCAACCAUGCAGUAAACAACCUGCCACCACUGAGAGAGCCCACCCUGAUGCUGGAGUCUCUCUCUCGACCCAACACUACUCACACUUCCAGAUCCGACACCCCUAUGAAAAGGUCUUUUACACCUAUGGAUUUUGCCUGUAACAUGAGGACAAGUCGAGGACUUGUUAAAGGUGAAAGCACACCUAUGGGUGUGACGGGAUUUAGCAUGGGAAUCACCAGCUCUACUGCUAGUGGCUUUUUGGAGUGUGUGACUCCUAACAGAAGGCGUCUGCCCUGUGUUGAUGGGGAAGCAGGGAAUGUAAUCAGCUCUAUAGGUGGCCAGAAUCAUCGGAAACAGUUGAGCCGGUUUCCAGUGCAUGUGAGGAAGAAAUUUCAGCCUGUCAUGCCAUAGCAGAAGGUUCAUUUGGAAUUAAAUGAAGAGGCCUGACUGGACAGACACUAUGAAUGCACUGAUAUGGUAUCACUGCUAUCAUAUGACUUUAUUGUGAUUCACUUUAUGGUUUGUAACCAUACUGUAUGUCCAGGUACAAACUGAUACGGAAGUGCCUUUAGUUUAACGACUUGGUGGUAUUUGCAAUGACUUCAACAACUAAUACGACAAAUUACCUCGUUAAUUUGUGUGUUUUUUUUUAUUUAUUAAGAAAAAUCUAUGCCAAAAUGAUUGUUUUGUUAAAGCAUGUCAAUACAUGUAUCAUGUAAAGUUUAAUAUAAAUUUGUUUUUACUGCUUAAAACAAUGUCUGAGGCCAAUGGGUUAAAAAAAAACUAUUUUGCAGAGAUGGCUGAUAAUACUGAUUGAACCAAACCAACCUGUUUGUUUAAGCAAUGUUUUAUUGAGACUUUCACCUCUUAGGUGGAGUUAUUUGCAAUAAAAUUGUUAUGUAAUUUG